UGAAGUGGAUGUAGAGGGUAAGAGAAGAAAAGUGCAACGGUGGUUCAAUUGAAGUGGAUGAAAUUAAGAAAAAAAAUUAUGUAAAACACCUGAUCAUGUUGCUUGCCUUGAAUCAAGAGGUAACCAAUCACAGCCAUUGAUUAUGUAAUGUUUACAGCAUCAAAAAGGCAAACAGUUAGCAGACAUGACCGACAAUGUGAGCUCCAGGAUGGACAUGCCGACGAACAUCUCUCUGAGUCCCACCUUCACUGUUGCUGAAUCUCUGGAGUACAAGACCGUGUCGGUGUUCCUGGUCCUGCUGGUGUGUGGCGUGGGCAUCGUGGGGAACAUUAUGGUGGUCCUGGUGGUUCUCACUGCCCGCUACAUGAGGACACCAACCAACUGUUACCUGGUCAGUCUGGCCAUCGCUGAUUUGACGGUUCUUGUGGCGGCAGGUUUGCCUAAUAUCUCAGACAGCUUGACGGGCACGUGGGUGUUUGGCCAUGCUGGCUGCCUCGGUAUCACCUACCUGCAGUACCUGGGCAUCAAUGUGUCCUCCUGUUCCAUUACCGCCUUCACUGUGGAGCGGUACAUUGCGAUCUGCCAUCCAAUUAAGGCUCAAACGGUGUGCACAGUGUCCCGCGCUAAACGGAUUAUUGCUGGAGUUUGGCUCUUCACCUGCAUCUACUGCAUGCUGUGGUUUUUCCUGGUGGACAUUCAGGUGAGCCCGGAUGGACAUGUGCAGUGUGGUUACAAGGUUAAACGUGAUCUCUACCUGCCCAUUUACCUCAUUGAUUUUGCCAUUUUCUAUGUCAUCCCGUUGCUUUUGGCGAUUGUGCUCUAUGCCCUGAUUGCACGGAUCCUCUAUCUCAGUCCUCUGCCAAAUCACCUUGAUACCAGCGCCACCACGCUCCGUCGCAGCUGCCGGGAGUCUUCUGAAUCAGCAAAGGGCAGUCGCCAGAGCCGGCCAAAGAGUGUGCUUUCCUCUAGAAAACAGGUCACGAAAAUGCUGGCAGUAGUCGUGAUCCUCUUUGCCCUGCUGUGGAUGCCGUACCGGACUUUAGUUCUGAUUAACUCUUUUGUGUCCACACCUUAUCUGGAUGAUUGGUUCAUCCUGUUUUGCCGGAUAUGCAUUUAUGCCAACAGUGCUAUCAACCCUGUGAUAUACAACGCCAUGUCCCAGAAGUUCCGCUCAGCAUUUCGCGGCCUUUACCAUUGCCAGCGGCCAGAGGGAAACCAGCGAGGACUGACUGUCGUCCAGACUGGCUUUGGCACCAUCCGAUGCCCGAAAGCCUCUCAGCCUGAUAGCAAUGGAACACAUGAAAAUGGCAGCAAACCUGCCCUCGAUACUUCUACAGAUGUAACCACAAAGAAGAUUGGAGGCGAUUAUCAAGCUACUGCGACAGUCAAUGGUAAGAAAAGAGGUGAUCCCAUUGUCACUAAGCUCAGCUUUGCUCUGGAUCCUACAGAGGCAUCAUCACCCAGUGACAUGAAGAAUGGAGCUCUGCAUUAUUCAAACCGUAUGGCAGGUGGUAGUUCUCCUUGUUCUGUCAGAAAUAAAUCUUUGUGUGUUUUGACAUUCAGUAACAAGAAAGGCAUGGAAUCCCAUUGUACGGGAACAUCUUCAUGACAUGACAACUGGAGAAGAAAUUCCUUUUUUCCAAACCUGUUCAUUGCAUCGACUCCAAGCCUGAUCGAGAAUGGAAGGAUGACAAGUGACAAUAAUACAAUGAACAGUAUAGUGCCUCGAAGGUCUCUUUAACUUUGUGACCAGUUUCAUUUUCAGCCCACUCUCACACUUUUUUUCGUGACGUCUUUUUAAUUUUACUAUUUCAAAUCCUACCCCUAACCCUAACUAUAACCCCACCACCAUGU